UUUGCUCCUGCCGGCAUCCGGAACGAGCAGACCACAUAGCACAAGUCUUCCAGAAUCCCGCAUACCGUACCGUCUGAGCCUCUGAGGUGCACAAGGUUCUUAAGCGCUCGGACGCCUCCGUGGGCGCUUGUAGCUACAUUAGCGCCGACCUAGCUAUUCAGUUUCGAAUCGCCGAAGAUCGCCUUAAGGCCAGGAAAAAGAAAUUGGGCUACCCUGGCAGCUUUGAAUAUCGGUUUGCGAUUAGUGCAGCCAGGUGUUUGGACAUUGGGCGCUCUAGUAAAGGGAGGAGUGGGGCCUUCGUUGAGCCUGGCUUGUCGAUUAUAUAUUCGGCGCUUCGAAGUCACCUGCUGGCUUGCAGUAUAAAAGGAGGCUGUGAACUACAGGUUCUUUAGUGCAUUUUCUUCAAAGCCUCUCAUGUCGCAACCAAAACUGCGCCGCAAGUCUAAAAACACUCUAGAAAUCGAGAAACACUCUGAACAGCACCCAGUAGUUCGCCCUGCUUCUACAAGGCUCAAUCUUCAUCUCAGAGGCAUAAUUUUUGUGAAACUACUUGUCGGUUCUGUGCUUCUCGCUGCUUUUGCCAAAAUAUUUAACAUCAAGCCAAGUAGUGUAGAGCUGUUCCCAAGUUCUUAUGCACUCUGCUGUUCUGGUACUGGACGUAUAUACACUGUCGAUGAAAACAAUUCCAACGUGCAAUGCAUGGUAAUCCAUGACUCAAGGAUUCUCUUGACCGGCUCACUUGACGACGUGAACGGCAUUUGGAACGCCAAGCAACACUCGAGCUCUACUGAAGGUUCCCAGAAUGUCUUCAAUACGCCUCUCAACAUAAAGUUCCUUCCUCCUGAGGCCAUUGUUGUUCCGGGCAUGAGCGAUUCGCAUGGACACAUCCUCGAGUAUGGUGCAAGUAGAUUACUGUUGCUAGAGGGCUCCAAAGAUAGUACAGAGGUCGUUGGAAGAGUUAGGAACUACAUACUCUCUCACACAGAUAUUCUAAACGAUUCUUCAAGGUUUAUUGAAGGCUGGGGCUGGGAUCAUACAGCAUGGCCAAUAGAAAAGUUUCCGUCCUAUGAAGAACUCGAGGCAGACUCAAUUGUCCGAGGACGUCCGAUCAUCCUGCAGAGUAAAGACGGACACGCACAAUGGAUUUCUAAAGUUCUCCUGGAACAAAUGCUUCCUUUGCCUUCGGGUAUAGAUGGCGGCAUCAUUGUGCAGGAUAGGAAGGGCAACCCUACAGGAGUUUUCUUGGAUAAGGCGCAGGAUCUGGUCAAGAAACCACCCUACACGGAUGCGGACAGGAUGUUACGUUUCAAUCACACUGUCAAAGACGCCCUUUCCCGCGGACUUACAUCUCUUCACGAUGCUGGCUUUGACCCAGCGUCUCUGGAUUUCUUCAAAAGACUGGCGCGACUCGAAAAACUAUCUGUUAGGAUUUAUGGAAUGUCCUACUUUGAUGAGAACGCAAAUUACUGGGGUGGCAAGGCAGAAAAGAUUAUUGACCAAAACAGACUAACCGCCCGAAGCGUGAAGAUGUUUGCAGAUGGUGCACUCCGGUCAGGAGGUGCAGCACUCUUCGAUCCUUACACGGAUAAUCCGGAUACUAGCGGUUUUAUGCGCAUUGACACUGAUAAGCUGUACAAAUUCAUUCCGAAGUUCUUGGGGGAUGGCUGGCAAGUGAACAUUCAUGCUAUUGGUGAUCGGGCCAACUCUAUUGUCCUUGACGUCAUCGAGUCUGCAAUUAAGGAAAUUGGCGAGAAUUCUUUACGCCCUCGCAUUGAGCACGCUCAGAUUAUCAGGCCCCAAGAUGCUGCUCGGAUUGCUAAAUUAGGAGUUAUUGCGAGUGUCCAACCCACUCACGCCGUAAGUGAUAUGUGGUACGCACAUGAGCGUCUGGGUUCUGAACGCGUUAAAAAUCUCUAUGCGUUCCGAACAAUUAUCGAUGCCGGAGCACGUAUCACAUUGGGCUCAGACUUCCCGGUCGAAGACAUGAAUCCCCUCGCAGGCUUCCAAGCCGCUGUAACGAGAUUAUCACCUGACGGACAUUCGCCUCAUGGACCAGGUGGAUGGUUCCCUGAGCAGUGCCUAACGCGGAUCGAAGCGCUAAGAGGGUUUACAAUUGAUCCUGCAUAUGCAUCAUUUUCAGAGAAGGACCUCGGCUCUCUCGAACCAGGAAAGAUAGCAGAUUAUGUUGUUCUUUCGCAGGACAUCAUGACCAUCCCUGUCAGCAAGAUACUUCUAACAAAAGUUCUCGCUACCGUGAUCGACGGGAGGCCAGAGUACGGGUCAAUAUGAUAGCUUUUGUUAUACCUAGUUGUAAUCUGCUGGAUUUUGACCUGCUGCAGCUGGCCUAUGUAGUUGGACGCACGCGCAGCUAUCCUUCCCAGUGGAUAGAGUCUAGACCUCCCGAAAUCCGAGGAAUAAAUAUACCUAUUGUU